AACGGUGCACUCUGUCAAGUUUUCAAAAUAUCUUUUGUAAGUUGAGAACAAUUAGAGAGUAAGAUAUGAAAAUUAGAAGGCGGAUGUUGGGCUUAAAUCUAAAUUUGUAAAUCGAGCGAGUGACCGUUCUUCCUCGUUAUUUGUAAUUGAAAUUCCUUCGGACAUUUGGAUAUAUGCAUCCAGACGAAUGAGAUACCCCAUUUGGACAAUGUAAGCAGAUUUCUAUAAGAGAAGUAUAGUAACAUGGAUAUCUUUGUGUUCGCUCUCGUCCUAACCCUCACUGAAACCUUGGGACUGGACCCAUCACUGGUGCAGCAGAAUCCAACGAAAACAGACUGUCAGGCCCAGGACGUGUUUAUGUGUGACCUAGGGGGUCGAGAGUGCGUCCCAAACCAAGUCAAGUGUAACGGUGUAAGUGACUGUAGCAACGGUCUGGACGAGGAUAUAGCCACGUGUGGUUGUUUGAGCACAGAGUUCCAGUGCAAUAGCACUACGUGUAUAGAUUUGAUCAGAAGGUGUGACAGAGUAGAAGACUGCAGUGAUGGACUUGAUGAACAAGAUUGCAUUACAUAUGCCUGUCCCCCUACCCACGGCAAGUGUAAAAACCAUUAUUGUGUACCACGUGACAACUUCUGCGACAUUGAAGACAACUGUGGAGACAACAGUGAUGAAAUCAACUGUGCUUACCCUGAAUGUUACCACACUCAGUUUGAAUGUCGGAAUAAACAGUGUGUCAACCUGGAUUUGCUCUGUGAUGGAAUCAAAGACUGCUCUGAUGGAAGUGACGAAGAAAAUUGUGACUGGUACCACCGAUGUGGGUCGGGAUUUUAUAGAUACCAGAGCAGUGUAUGUGACGGAUUCGUAGAUUGUGAGGACCAAUCAGAUGAGGCUAACUGCACCAUUUCCUGCCAAAAUGGCUUCCGGUGUAGAAAUGGGCGUUGCCUAGGGAUGGCAAAUCGCUGUGACUGGUUCUGUGACUGUGGAGAAAGCUGUGAAGAUGAAAUAGGCUGUGGAGCCUCGGUUUGUCCCGUUGGAGACUCGUUUGCCUGUAAAUCUUUGUAUGAGCUGAAGAUAGAAAGAUGUAUCGACAAUAAGUACCUGUGUGACGGUCAGAAUGACUGCUACAACAAUGAACGGGGGUCUGACGAGAUGUCUUGUCUGUACCAAUUACAGGCUAGCUAUAAUGUUUCUGGUAAAAAUUGUAGCGAUUUUGGUCGCGAUUACUUCCCUUGCCCUGAGGGGCGCUGCAUUCCUCAUAAAGCAGUGUGUGAUUACUUUAUAGACUGUAAGAAUGGCGAAGAUGAGGACAAAAGAAUGUGUGACAAGUAUUUCAGGGACUGUUUACAAGGGGAGUUCAAGUGUAAGAACAAGCAAUGUAUUAAUUCCUCGUCCCGCUGUGACGGACGGGCGGACUGCUUCGAUGGUUCUGACGAGGAAGAAUGUGAUAAAAUCCAUUGUCCAUCCGGCUACAGACACUGUAAGAGUGGACCGUGUGUUCCGGAAGUUUAUUGGUGUGACUACUUCCGCGACUGUCCGGAUGUAUCAGAUGAAACAGACUGCUUUCACCGCCCUUGUGAAGUGGAUGAAUUUACAUGCAAUAAUGGACAGUGUAUUGAUUCAAAGUACAUUUGCUACAAGUCAGCAAACAAAAGACUAGGAUGCGCUGACGAGUCCAACUUGUACCUCCCCCAAUGCAAGGAAGCUAACUGCUCCCUUGGUCAGUUUAAAUGUCGUAAUUCCUACUGUAUUGACGAGGAAGCUGUAUGUGAUGAAAAUAUCGACUGUCCUCUUAAUUCCUACUGGGACGAGCUGGGCUGUCCUGCAUCCUGUCCAUAUCUCUCAAUGGAGUGUAUGUGUCGCACUGACGAGAUAGACUGCCGGGGGAGGGGAUUAAAAAAACUACCCACGGACCUCCCCCACGAACACAACGUGGCAAAAUUUUUCCUCAGUGACAACUUCUUAAACAACUCUCUGGACAACACAUCAUUCCUGAUUUAUUCAAAAGUUGUUUACUUAGAUCUCAGCAACAACUCCCUGAGACAGGUGCCCGUGGGGAUGUUCCGAAACCUAUUCAGACUCGUCUCUUUAAAUUUGGAAAACAACCUAAUAAGUGAAUUAGAAGAAGGGGCGUUCGUUGGACUCUAUAAUUUACGAAGCCUAUACAUAAACGGGAACCGCAUCCAAGAUGUAUAUCCGUACUCUUUGAAAGGACUCUCAAAACUCCUAACACUCGACCUCAGCGGACAACGACUCCGGUGUUUGUAUAAGUUUGGCCUUGUUGGACUUAGGAGUGUGUCUAGACUAGAUCUCUCGAGGAAUCAAAUCGAACACGUGUAUAGCGGAGCGUUCAGUGGCCUCGACAGUUUGUUAACAUUGGACCUGUCUAGGAACAAGAUUUCGCACAUCGAUGGGAGUGCUUUUAAUGGACUGGCAAAAUUAAAGAUGUUAGAAGUGGAUGAGUUCCGCUUCUGUUGUUUGGCUCGGGAAGUGGAGAAAUGUUUGCCGGAGCCGGAUGAAUUCUCCUCCUGUGAGGAUCUCAUGUCUAAUUACCUCCUCCGGAUUACAAUCUGGAUCCUGGGGACCGUUGCCUUCUUUGGGAACCUUCUGGUCUUCAUCUGGCGGAUCAGGGACGAUAGGAAUGGAAAGGUUCAUUCUUUUCUAAUUACAAAUUUGGCAGUUGGUGACUUUUUCAUGGGAGUAUACUUAUUAAUAAUUGCUGUGGUGGAUAGCUACUACAGGGGAGAGUAUAUUAUAUUCGACAAAUCUUGGCGGGAAAGUGAGUUGUGUAAAUUCGCGGGCUUCAUUUCUACGUUUUCUAGUGAGCUCUCGGUGUUUACACUUACUGUGAUAACCCUGGACCGAUUGAUCUGUAUUAUAUUUCCACUGAAAUUAAAACGUCUUGGAUUAAAGCAGGCCUCCAUUGUAAUGCCGUGUAUUUGGAUUGUGGUGACAAUGCUAUCCGGAAUUCCACUUUUCGGUCUGGACUAUUUUGACAAUUUCUAUGGGAGAUCAGGCGUGUGUCUAGCGUUUCAUAUAACACCGGAUAAACCAAAAGGAUGGGAAUAUUCCGUGUUUGUGUUCCUAGUUCUAAACUUCAUAUCAUUUUUAGUCAUAUUCAUUUCAUAUCUAUGGAUGUUUCUUGUAGCCAAACAAACAACUACUGCCGUUCGAAAAUCCAAGGCGAAGUCUGAUAAGUCUAUGGCCAAACGAAUGACGCUUAUUGUCAUGUCCGACUUCUUCUGCUGGGUACCAAUCAUUCUCCUUGGAUUUGCAUCGCUAGGUGGCGCAACUGUUCCACCCCAGGUUUAUGCUUGGGUGGCAGUCUUUGUUCUACCUUUGAAUUCAGCAAUUAACCCUGUGCUGUACACAAUAUCCACUGCUCCCUUCAUGAGAAAUAUCAGAAAACGAGCAACGCGCUUUCGGAAAUCCUUCACCGGAUCAGCAAGAAAUACCGAUACAAAGAAUUCGUUCAUAGAAAAUUCGUCCCAGAUCUGGAAUCGUAAUUCUAUGUACCGACAGCUGGAGCUCACAAGAUUACGUGGUCUUAAAAAGACAUACACAAACCACCACGACAAAGGCGGUAGGAUAACGUCAUGAUGCGUUCUUGCACAAAUGUAUUACAGUGGCGCUGAGGAGUAUUCAAAUACACAUACUGCAUGUGAGAUUUCACAAAAAGAGCAGGAAAACUGGUGUUUCCAGCCCACAGUUAGGCACUUGAACACAAUGUAGCAAAAACAAAAGUUGAAAAAUGUUUGAAUGUUUAACACUAGUUUCAUGAACACUGCUUGUUAUAAUUUUUUUCCAUGAAUGUAAUUUCAUAGCGUAUUUUUUAAUGAUGUUGAAUGAUAGUACUAAGAAGGGAAGAACAGUAACAAAAUAAUAUCUAUAAUAUAGUAAAUUCUCAACAUCAGGUAUAUCAUUAAGCAAUGACCCCAACAAAUGAGAAUUGUAUAUUAAAGCUGAACAAGCUUCGUAAAAAGAAUCUGUCCGCCAUAUUCGAUCGGACUCUUGCUAUAUCUGAGGACCCCUAUAUAUAGAGCAGCCCACUUAGUCACUGUUCAGUGUAAUCCAUUGUCACCCAUGUAGCCGGAGUAUGCUAUACAGCACUCGUAGCGACAAAAAAUAACUGUGUACUUUUUCUAAUGCAGGAGCGUAAGAUACCAAAGAGACUUACAACAGUUGCACAGGUCAGUGCAAACAAACACAAAUAUACGUACAUGUAACUGCAAUAAAAUGUAAACCAAGGUAAUGCAAGAUAACCAGCACGAACACGGGUAGCCAUUCCGCGCCGAUACCUGUGACAAUAAAGCAGUCAGGUGUAACGAAUGCGUAGCGUAUACCCCGGUGCUGAUAUCGUAGAUAGUAAUAUCGAAAAUGGCGUAUGCCUAUUUACGAGUCAUGUUCAGCUUUAAUGACUGGGAGCUAUAACAGUCAUUGUUACAUGUAUUGAUAAAUAUAAAAUGACUGGCAUCUGUGUGCAAACUCAUUCCAUUGAUAAUUGGUCAUAUUUGACUGACGUCACGGCAUCAAACCAAUCGGCAAUCCACGGCUGACUCCGCUACGCUCCAUAAAAACUUCGGAUGUGAUUGUGAUUGGUGGAAGAAUAUGCAUCAAAUCGAUACAUUUCUGCGCCGGAAGCUGCCUUGUAACUCAUGCAUUUCAUAUUUCACUCUGCAUAAAUUUAUUCAAAAAGUUUUUAAACUUGUCAAAGUCAGAUUCUUCCUUGUAUAUUGGUUUUGAUAACAACCUUAUGUUAGUAGUCUUUGAAAGCAAAAACGUAGUGUUGGGCUUGCCACAAAGUAACUCAGAUUUCAAAGGUAUAACUUUUGGAGGGAUUUCAUAUAUAAGAUCACAUGUGUGUAUAAGCAAAAUGGUAGAACGCCUUUUACGUCCGAGGUUAGUUUGCGAGGCACGAGACACCCGAGGAGCUGUUAGUGUCCGAGUCACGAGCCACCCGAGGAGCUCCGAGUGGCAUCAAACAGUAUUUGAUUAGUCAAGGCUUGUUGGACAAGUCAUUCGUAUUGACAUUCUUGUGAUAGCUUGAUCUUGGAAAUUUCACACUGUCGCAUGAGGCCUGCUUUACAUCUAAUCGAGAUCACACCAUUGGAACAAACAUUUUGCAUUAGCCAUUUCAAGCUGCAAAACAUUGGUCCAUUCUCAAAUGCCGCCUCAUUUUCCAUAUGUAUUUCAUGCCAAGUAAAACAGAAGGAUGAAGGUGGUCAUAUCAACACUUGUUAAAUAUUCGUAACUAUCAAAUUAUCUAAUUGAAUUUCAUUUUCAUUGCCUCCCUGUCUUAGGAAUUUAUUAACUCUACAAGUAAUAAUUACUUGUGGACAAGUAAACCAUAAUAAUAUGAUAACAAUAACAAAGUAAAUAGUAUAGCAUGAAAGUAAAACGUAAAAAUUGCAAAGCUGUUGGUUCAUUUUUUCUUUUAUAAACGUGUUAGCUUUAUAAGAAAGCUAAUACUUGUAUCAAUUACAUUUUAUCUUUAUCUUGGAGAAUCUUGUGUGCAAAACAACAGGUUUUGGUCUCUGUAUUUCUAGAAUUUUUGGAGGGAUUUGUUUUCUGAUCAAUGAAAUUUUAUUAUUUUACUACUAAUGAGCAGUCUGAAUGAAUGGAAGUCAUGUAGCAGUACUCGUAAGUCACUUUAUACGUGGAACUUUAAUGAUUUUUAUGCCCCCGUAUCGAAGAUUCGGGGGUAUAUAGUUUUUGCCCUGUCCGUCCGUCUGUCUGUUUGUCCGCAAAAACUUUAACAUUGCCCAUAACUUUAGAUUGGUUGGAGCUAUGGCUUUCAUAUUUCACAUGUGUAUUUCUUUUGACAAGACCUUUAUUUGGGUACCACCAUAUUUGACCUUUUGACCUUGACCUUUGAGUUUGAUCCAGUUUUGCAAAAUUUUACCUAACGUUACCUUAGCCAUAACUUUUGAACGUUUGGUGCUAAGGCUUUCAUACUUCACAUAUGUAAUCCUUGUGACAAGACCUUCCUUUGGAUACCAACAACUUUGAACCUUUGACCUUGACCUUAGAGAUUGACCUACUUUUGAAAAACUUUGACCUUGGCCAUAACUUUUGAAUCGUUGCAGCUAGGGCUUUCAUUCUUCACAUAUGUAAUCCUUGUGACAAGACCUUCCUUUGGAUACCAACAAUUGUAAUCCAUUGACCUUGACCUUGGAGUUUGGCCUUCUUUUGAAAAACUUAAACCUUGGUCAUAACUUUUGAACGAUUGGUGCUUCAGCUUUCAUAUUUCACCAGUAUAUUUCUUGUGAGAAGGCCUUUCCUUAGGCACCAUUAAUUUUGACCAUUUGACCUGGAUGUUUGACUUACUUUUGAAAAAAACUUAACCUUUUCCAUAUCUAUUCAAUGGUUGCUGCUAGGGCCUUCAUAUUUCACAGGUAUAUUCUUCGACGCGAGACCUUACUUUGGGUACCAACUAUUUGAUUUGCAUUUGAGAAAGUUUAACCUUUGCUAUAAGUUGCCAUACGGGGGCAUCAGUGUUUCACAAACACAUCUUGUUUUUUCAUUAAUAGAACGUAUCGACGAUUAAUUGAAUACUUGUUGACAUCCCUAACAUACAUAUUUACUGGUUAUA